UGCACCUCGUCCUUUUAUUCCCAUGAUUCUGCGCGGCGAAUCCCUUUGCACAAUUUCAAGAUGGCGGACAGACCAGUUCCCGUAGUUGAGAAGCGGCUGUUGGACGUGAAACUGGGUGAACUGGGAACCUGGCUUGGAGGUCGCGACUUCAGUCCCAACGGUCUCAUCGCAGCCAUUCGCAGGGGCCAUGAGAGAUACUACAGCAAGUACAUCGAUGUGAAGAGAGGAGGCAUCGGUGGUGUCGCCAUGGUGCUCGGGGCCUACGUGGUACUGAGCUACGUGUGGCAAUACGACCACAUCAAACAUGAUCGCUGGAGGAAGUACCACUAAGCCCUUUCAGCAGAAAUCAGGCCUUGAACCUCUUUCUUCUCCCAACUGUUAAAUAUGUGACCAAUAAACAAUACUAAGAUUUA